AUGCGAAGUACCCCACUAAAAUACAAGUAUAUAAACCCCUUUUGCUCUUAAUCCAUUUGCAUAAGGCAGUGAUAAGAAAAUACUGUAGAAAAAAAGUCACGUGACUUCACGUGAAUCCCUUGAAGAUGAUAGGCCAGGGAGUGAGGAUAGGAGUGUUAGCAUUAAUUUGGUUUCAUGUCCUAGGGGGAAGUUUGGUUCUUGCUAGAGAUUUGAAAAAUGAGGAUGAAAAGUUUUUCUGGAUGGGUAAGGAAGGUGGAUUUGGAGCAGGAUUUGGUGGAGGGUACGGUAGUGGGGUUGGAAUAGGUGGAGGCAUUGGUAAGGGUGGAGGAGUCAGCGGUGUGUUUGGCAAAGGAGGGGGAGUUGGUGGUGGUGUUGGAGGAGGAUUUGGAAAGGGUGGUGGCAUUGGAGGAGGAUUUGGAAAGGGUGGCAGCUUUGGAGGUGGAUUUGGAAAAGGUUAUGGCAUUGGUAGCGGCUUUGGAGUAGGAUUUGGAAAGGGUGGCGGCAUUGGAGGAGGAUUUGGAAAGGAUGGCGGCAUAGGAGGCGGAUUUGGAAAAGGUGGUGGCAUUGGUGGAGGAGGAUAUAAAAGGGAUGGAGAUUGCAUUAGCAAAGGGGGGAGCAUUGGUGGCGUAGGCGGAGGAUUUGGUAAGGGUGGUGGUAUGGGAGAUGGUAUUGGCAAAGGUGGUGGCAUUGGUGGAGGAUAUGGUGGCGGUGCAGGAGGAGGAGUUGGUGGUGGUGCUGGAGGAGGAUUUGGUAAGGGUGAUGGCAUCGGAGGUGGCAUUGGCAAAGGUGGUGGCAUUGGUGGCGGUGCAGGAGGAGGAGUUGGUGGUGGUGUUGGAGGAGGAUUCGGUAAAGGUGGUGGCAUUGGAGGCGGUUUUGGCAAAGGUGGCGGCAUUGGGGGAGGAGUUGGUGGAUUUGGAGGUGGAAUAGUCGGAGGUGGAAUAAUUGGUGGACAUCACUAAUGUUAAACUCUUCAGUUGCAUGAAUUCAAAACAUGUAGGAUCGGACUUGCAAAUUUUCAAGAAAAAGAUUGUUGUUAUCAUUAAUUCCCAUGUGUGUUAUGUAGGAGUAGUAUUUGUUAUUCACAAGUUAUCAAUGAAAUGAAAUCGUACGUUCGACCUA